AUUGAUGAAUAAGAAUGCAAAAUUUAUUUGGUAUGUAUAUAAUGGAAACUAAAGAGCUAAAAACAAACAUUAAGUUUUCUUUAAAGAACACUAAAAUUUAAAAUAAGCAGCAGUAGCAAUAAUAUUUUGGACACCAAAUUCAAUAAGCGCUAAAUUGCCCACAUUAGGAUAGGCUCAUAUGAAAAGUAUUUGUAGCUAAAAUCAAUUAUUGGAAUUAUUGAAACAAGAGAACUUUGAAUGCAAAUUGCUAAUUUGUUAAAGAUAGUUCAAUUUAAGAGACAUUCAUUCAAAUGAGAUUUGUUUUCCGGGUGGUAAAUUGGAUAAUGAGGAGAGUGAUUUUGAAGCAGUAAUAAGAGAAGUUAUGGAAGAAGUGGAUAUAGAUUUGAGAAGACACUAAACAUUUUACAUAGGUCGUCUUCCAAAUAAUAUAGAGAUUAAGGAUGCUCCAAAAGAGUUGAAAGUUUGUGCUCAUGUAUUUAUGGUAUCUGGAGAGUAACCUAAGAUAACUCUUAAUUAAUAAGAAUUAUAAGAUUUCAAAUGGAUGCCGAUAUCUUAUUUUUAUGAUUUGAGUGAUAAGAUCAGAGUGGGAAAGUGUACUUAAUCGUUUACAUUUUUUAUGGUGAAAUCUUUUUUUAGGAGAUUUCCAAAGAUGAUAGAGGAGAUAGUGAGGAAUUUUGAUCAUGGUUUAUUUGGGUAGAUAGAUGUAGGAAUGAAAAAUCAUUUAUUUGGAUUUAGUUUAAUGAUAUUAUCACAAAUGUGUAAUUUAGUAUUGAAUGAGUAAAAAGAAGGUAGAGAAUAUUUUGGAGACAUAAGAUUGAUGAGUUCGAUAGUACAAUUGAUGGAGUUAAAUUUUGUUGAGAAUACAUUGAUAGGUAUGGAAUUGAUGAAUGGUAGGAAAACUGUGUAAUUGGUAUUUUUCUAAGACUUAUAAAACUUAUAGAAUAGAGAAGAGAGUAGAAGUGAGAAGACAUUUAGGGAAAUUAUGAAAUAUAUUGAUUUAUAUUGGUUUGAUUAAAUAAACAAAUAAAAAGAUUUAAAUAUAAUGUUCAAUCGAUUAAUCAGGUUAGCAACAUUGCAACAUAAGGUUAUAAAAUGUUUUGAUCUUCAUGAAUAUCAAAGUAAAGAUUUGAUGAGAAGAUUCAAUGUAUUAGUAUAGAAAGGAGAAAUUGCAUUAAAUGCUGAAGAUGCAGCUAAAGUUGCUAGAACAUUAGAUCCAAGUGGUGGAUUGAUUCUUAAAUCUUAAGUACAUGCAGGAGGAAGAGGAAAAGGUAUAUAGGAUAGAUAUUAUUAAUCUAGGAACUUUAUCAAGUGGAUUAAAAGGAGGAGUAAAAAUAUGUAAGACUCCAGAAGAAGUAUCUAAUUAUACAAAAUAAAUGAUUGGAUAUAAAUUGGUUACACAUUAAACACCAAAAGAAGUAUUUAUUUUAAUUAGUUAGGGUUUAUAAGUGAAUGCAGUAUUAGUGCAUGAAGGUGUUGAUAUUGUGCGUCAAUUAUAUUUAGCAUUUAUUUUAGAUAGAAAUUCUUAAAAACCAGCUAUUGUUGCAUCAAUCAAUGGUGGUAUGGAAAUAGAAGAAGUUGCUAAAACAGAUCCAAAUAGUAUUAUUGUAUUACCAAUUGAUGUUAAUAUUGGAUUAACUGAUGAUAUUGCUGAUUAAGUUGUUGAUACUCUCUAAUUAUAAUCAGUAAGAUAAUAAGCAAUUGAAUAAUUGAGAAAUCUAUACAAAAUGUUUAUUACUCUUGAUGCUACUUAAGUUGAAAUUAAUCCGUGGGCAACAGAUCCUAAAAAUAAAUUAUUUUGUAUUGAUGCUAAAAUUAAUGUUGAUGAUAAUGCUAAAUUCAGAUAAAAAGAAUUAGUAGAACUUAGAAAAACAUCUGUAGCCUCUGAACAAAUAGAUCCUCAUGAAGAAUUGGCAUUAGCAGCAGGAUUAAAUUAUGUUGCUUUAGAUGGAAAUAUUGGUUGUAUGGUUAAUGGAGCAGGUUUAGCUAUGGCUACUAUGGAUAUUAUUAAAUUAUAUGGAGGUGAUCCAGCUAAUUUCUUAGAUGUUGGAGGUGGUGCAAAUGUUGAAUAAGUCAAAACUGCAUUCGAAAUUCUUAAUUCCCAUCCUAAAGUUGAAACUAUACUCAUCAAUAUAUUUGGAGGUAUCAUGAAAUGCAACAUCAUUGCUGAAGGCAUUAUCAAAGCUGCCUAAUUAGUUGAUCUUAAAACUCCUUUGGUUGUUAGAUUAACUGGAACCAACUCUCAAUAAGGUAAUUACUAUCUUCUACUUCUCUAUAGGGGCUUAAAUGUUAGAUCAAUUUGCCAAAUCAUAAACUAAAGUAUAAAUCACAACUGCUACCGAUUUGGAUGAUGCUGCUCAAAAAUCUGUUUAAAUUGCCAAAAUUUCUAAAAAACUAUGA